AUGGUCUACAUCGCACAAUCACAACCGGCACUACCUAUCUCUGAAGGCUUCCAUAAGGACCUUCCUUGUGGUGGCGCCGCCUACUUUGGCAAGGAGAAUUGGCCACGCUCUCAAAAGCAAUCCAACAGCUUAGCUACCACACUUCGGCAAUCAGACGCUGCCCCUUCUCUUCCUGCCGUCUCUUUUUCAAAAUCAACGAACCUGGACGCCCAAGUGGAAACUGAAACGGCUCCAGCACCCGCAAACUCGAGCCAUGACGAUGCUGACCUCAAGUCUUCGACAUCCGUCAGCGACUGGUGUGCUCAGAUGGUAUGCUACAUUUGGUUUAGCGGCAUCGACAGCCACGAGCCCAGUCACUCGCUCUCUUCCAUCUCCAGUCCCGCAUCUCGUCCUGGCCGCCUCUCUGUCACCAGCUCACCUACCUCUUCUACAUCAUUUGCAGCACACCGGCGUCACUCGAAAAAGCUGAGCCUUGGCAGUCUCUCUGAGGCCGUCUCAUUUUCGGUGCGUGACCUUCACAACGCUGUUGAGGCACAUGCGCGCUCCGCUGUCGAUUCGAGCCACUCGCGUCCCACUGCAAGCGAACGCUCCAAUGAUCCUCGGCUGCUCCGCCUCUUCCCACGACGCCGCUUCACCGACUUUGUUCGUAACAUGCUCAACACUACGCAGGUAUCCAAGUCAGUCAUCAUUCUCGCCCUCCUCUACAUCCACCGACUCAAAUCGAAGAACCCAGGACUUCGCGGUCAGGAUGGCAGCGAGUUCCGUCUCUUUGUCACUGCCCUCAUGCUGGCCAACAAGUUCCUCGACGACCACACUUACACCAACAAGACCUGGUCCGAGCUCUCUGGCCUCAAACUUAAGGACGUCACCAAGAUGGAGAUCGAAUUUUGGCUCGGUCUUUCUUCCAACAUUCACGCUUCCGAUGCUGACUUUCGCAGCUGGAUCGGCACCCUCGAAAUUCUCGCCGAACGCCGUCGACUCGCUCUCGGUGCGCAUGAAGCCGAACAGAUGCGCCAAGCCGCUCUUCGCCAGCAUGGCUUUGCUCAACAACAACAACAACAACAACAGCAGCAACAGCAACAGCAACAGCAACAGCAACAGCAACAACAACAGCAACAGCAACAGCAACAGCAACAGCAACAGCAACAACAACAAGACUCGACUAGGCAGCCAGCGCUGCUCUCGCCUGUUCAGGCACCCGGUUUCGGCUCGACAUACGACGCUCCUCGCCGCAUCGCCCACAACUCUCGCGUCAGUCAGUCGCGAUCAUGGUCGCCUGAGCACCUUGCUCUCGACUCUCGACCUCGCUCGUCAUCUGCCACUUCGGCCACCAGCCACUUGAGCCAUGUGUAUGCCUCUGCUCCCGCUCCCGUCGCGAUGCCCCGAUUCGACCUCGACGCCAGCGUACAGGCCAUGAUGAACAACGCUGGUUACCUGACACCAGCUUCGUCGUCUGCUGAGACCAAGUUGGCCGCCAACCUCUUGCCGAUCGGUGCAGGUCACCACGACGUCGUUGCCGGCAGCAAAAGGAGCUUCGGGCAGCACGCACAGACGAGUCCACUUGGCCAGCGCCACUGCUACCAUUCGAACACGCCUUCGCCUGAGCGCAACGCUAAGCGACGUCAGAUGGGCGGCGACGGCCGAGCGCUACAGGCGUUCACCUCGGGCUCUCGCAACUACGGUCUCAGCCCUCCCUUUGCUCAACCGUGCCCUAGAAGCGUGUUUGAGCCGCUCGUCUCGACACCCAACACUCUGCUUGCGCCAUACGUGAUGCAGCAUCCUCAGCCAGGUGCGAGCGGGGUGUUGGCCAAGCACCAUGCUCUGGCGUACUGGCAAUUGGCGGCUGGAUACGAUCGAGGUAUCCUGGGCGUUCACAUGCCUUGUGGCGGUGACUACUUCCACUGGCAGCAGCCAACGCAUCCCGGCAGCGGAGAGCAGGAGCAGGUGGAAAACAUGGUGAUCCGCAAGCCCUUGUCUGCUACUACGCCCUACCCCACGCCUCCAAUCGACGCCUUCACUCCGUUCCAUCACCAGCCGCAUGCUCACAGCUACGUUGCCAAGCAAGCACUCGUCCACGGCUGCGCGCAAUACCCGGUCCAGCCGGCGGCCCAUGCGCCUUUCAACAACGCAGAAGCACACUACGUCGACCCGCUCUUGAUUCGCUACUAG